AUGCUUGCAGCAUACGGCCAUCGCUUCCAGACAAAAUUCCUUGACCCAAAGGAUCGCAUUUUCCCCAAUCUCUUUGGUGACGAGGGCGCUGAUUUGGCUUCUGCACAAAAGCGUGGAGACUGGAAUCAAACAGAAGAACUUAUCAAGAAGGGCAAAGAGUUCAUUCUCAACGAAGUCAAGAAGUCCGAAAUCCGUGGACGUGGUGGUGCUGGUUUCUCAACAGGCCAGAAGUGGAGUUUCGUUCCAAAGCCAAGUGGCAUCCCACAUUAUCUCUGCAUCAACGCCGAUGAAGGUGAACCAGGCACAUGCAAGGAUCGCCAGAUUCUCACAAACGAGCCACACAAGCUCGUAGAAGGCGCUCUUCUCGCUUCAUACACAAUCCACGCUCACACAGCCUACGUUUACGUUCGUGGUGAAUUCCGCCAUGAAAUUGCCUGCUUACAGAAGGCUAUUGAUGAGGCCUACGCUGCUGGACUCAUCGGCAAGAACAACAAAUUCGGAUGGGAUUUCGAUAUGUACAUCCACUCCGGUGCUGGCGCUUACGUUUGCGGUGAAGAGACAGCCCUCCUCAACUCCAUUGAAGGUAAGGCAGGCCGCCCACGCUUUAAACCACCGUACCCAGCUGCAAAGGGUCUUUUCCAGAAGCCAACCAUCAUCAACAACGUCGAGACCAUCUCCUCCGUCCCAACAAUCUGCAAGCGCGGUGGUGACUGGUUCUCAUCCAUCGGUAUCAAGGGCUCAAAGGGCACAAAGAUCUACGCUAUCUCUGGCCACGUCAACCACCCAUGCGUUGUUGAAGAAGCUAUGGGUAUCCCAAUCAAGGACCUCAUCAACAAGUACGCUGGUGGUGUCCGCGGCGGCUGGGAUAACCUCCUCUGCUUGAUCCCAGGUGGUCUCUCCUGCCCAAUCCUCACAAAGGAGCAGUGCGAGACAGCAGUCAUGGGUUACAACGAGCUCUCCGCUAUGGGCUCUGCUCUCGGCACAGGUGCUAUCAUCGUUAUGGAUAAGUCUACAAACCUUUACGAGGCUUUCAGACGCGUUUCUCACUUCUACAUGCAUGAAUCUUGCGGUCAGUGCGGUCCAUGCCGUGAAGGAACAGCUAAACUCUCCGACAUCAUGGACAAAUUCGCUGAGGGAAAGGCCACAAAGCACGAUUUACUUAUGCUUAAGAAGGUCGCUUACCAGACAUCUAACUGCAUCUGCGCCCUCGCUGGUGCUUCUUCUGACCCAAUCAAGGGACUCCUCAAGCAGUUCAGACCAGAGCUCGAAAAGGCUUGCGUCGCUGAGUAA